GCGUGUUGUCAGUCGUCGCCAGCCCUGCCGUUCGUGAGUCAGUCAAUGCGCGUCGUGCCGCUACCGCUCGCUCCGUCUCUCGUCUGCACUCGUCUGGUUGUGUCGCGAGUGGUCGCGUCAUGAUUUAGUUUGUCGUGUUGUUGUGUUUCAAUCUGUGUCUUUCGCGGUGUGUAGAAGAAGUAGGCCAAGACUGCGGAGUGUCAAUCGCGAAACUGUGUGGAACUGUCGUCUCCUAACCUAGUUUACGUUAUUCUCGGCCUCUCACCCCCCUGUGUUGUGUUCGUGAACCAGAAACGGCUCAUCGGCAUCCUAGCUGUGACAAGUGGAGACUGCGGCCUGCACCACGAAGGUCGAGACGAACGACGGACAGCACAUGUGGCAGCACGCCGGUGUAAUUCGGACUGGGCCGCAGCUGGAGCCGGGGAUGGAGCCGAGGCUGGGGCCGCACCGCAGCCCGGAGCCAUUCCAGAGGACUUCUGCGCCACGCCGCCGCCUUGCGGGGCUUAGCUCAGCCGGACCAGCCCGGGAGAACAUUUUGUACCGUUCCCGAGCUUCUUCGCCCUGCCUCCGUGUCCAUAUGUUGCGGUGCUAUCUUCACCAUUAUCACCUCGCCCACCGUUCUGCUCGUGAGGUUCUACUCCUACUCCAUGAGGUCCGACAGGAAGGUACGAUGGCAAUCGCACCGUACAUACGCCAGGGAAAGGCUGCUACCUCUUGCCGCCGGAACACCUGCAUGUGCGUGUCACAGACUGCGGCAUCCAAUCGGCAAAGGAAGGCUCUCCGCAUUAUUGCCUCUGUGGCCUCCGCUUCUCCGUAACCUUUCAGUUGUCGCGAGGCGCACCAAACAGUGGCAGAACCACGGAGAGGCGUUGGCAAUUAUAUCGAGGUCUGUCGUAGAGAAAAGGGCUGACGUGUUCGUGGAUGUCCAUAGCAGCAACCGUGUUAGACGAAGCAGGACGACU